AUGGCAGUUGAUGAAUUCGAUGAAACUAUUGGGCAAAUGAUCGAACUCUUCAAAGAGUAUAAACCUGGUGUAAUUACUAUUGAUAAUAUUACAAAACUAUGUCACACUUUAGGAUUGGAAUCGUUUAUAGAUGACGUGGAUGCUACCACGUUAAGAUUGUCAACAGCUUCUAAGAUCAUUGUCAUUGAUAUUGAUUUUAAUAAAUCAGAUGGGAAAGUUAAAGAUGUCAAAUUAGUUUUGGCUUCUAACUUCGAUAAUUUUAAUUAUUUCAACGAUGAUAAAGACAGAAGUUCGACUUCAACAACAAAAAACAUUUUAUUAAAUUCAUUGACACUGUACCAAGAUCUACAAGUUUUCCAUCAUAAUUUGCAGUACCUUUAUUUAUUGGAUACAUUUUCUCAAAUAGACGUUGAUACAGGAGCCUCUGCAAGCAAUGAUGUUGGUACUGGAUAUAGUGAAACAAGUUUAUCGAAUAACAAUGGUUCUAUAAACGCAGCAAUAACGACUGGUAAGUUGGAUCUUUUCAAAUAUUUCACCGAAUUAAGUCAUUAUCUUAAACAAUAUUUUAAUGAUAACUCAAUUGACUCAGAAAUAAAAACUAAUUUAAAUGAUAAAUUUGGAAUAUAUAUCAUCUCUAAAGAUGAUGCUGAAGUACCUAUUGCAAAACUGUAUUUUGAAAAAUCAAAUGAUCCUCAACAUCGACUAUAUGAAUACAUAUAUUCAACUGAAACUAAGAGUUGGAUUAAUGAAUCAUCAGAAAGUUUUACGUGUGGUAUAAAUCUUAUAAUGGAAUUAAUAACAAAAAACCCAACAGAUGAAUACAACAGUAACAUAUGGUUCCCACAAGAUUUCAUAUCAACAGAAUUAAUAAUACAAAAGAAUAACACUAAUGUGAAUGAUUCCUCGCGAUCAUCAAUACCUAUACAUAACGGAUUGAAACCCAUAAUCUUACUUGAAUCACUAGCAUAUAAUUUCACAAAUAGUCCAUAUCAAUACGACCAAAAAAUUCAAUUCAUGAAUGACUUCACAACAAAUUUAAUCCCAAUAACAAGGUUUAAUAUCAACAAUGACAACUUGGAACUAAUUUCUGAAAUCUUCAAUUGGAUAUCUUGGAUGACCAAGAUAUUAUUAACCACAUUCCAAUUGAUUACUAAAAUACAAGAAUUGGGGGAAGACAAUGGUAAUGAGUUCUUUACCAGGGGAACCGUUAGGCAUCCCAGUGUUACAGCAUUAAGACAUAGACGAUCAUCGCAUAAAAAUAAAAGACCGAGCGUAACGGAAUCUACGAUGUUUAAAGAUGAACGAUUCCAACAAUUUAAUUUGCAUGAAAUUAUGGCAGAACCUGUCAUUAUUGAAGAACAAGAUAGCGACGUAGUUAUGGAAGUUGAUGAAAAUGAUGGCCCUACUGAUAUUAAUAUUAAUAAUAAUAAUAAUAUAUUGGAAAAUAGUGGUGAUCAAAACGAUCAAACAAAUACCACUAGUAAUACUGCUAUUGGAAUCGAUAAUCUGGGUAUCAAUCUUAAUCAAGAGAUGGAUAUUGAUAAACCAGAGGAAACAAAUAUUAAGAAGGGGGAGAAUACAAUUUCCAAUACAGGCAAGGACAACGUUACUGAAUUUAUAAUGAGUGAAGAUCAUGUAUCGCUGGGAAAAUUGUAUACAUGCAGUUUCUACGAUGAUAUAAAGGAAUGGGAUUUAUUUGUUGAAAAAUUGAAGACUUUUCUACAAUAA